AAAUUAAAACGAAUGGAGUUUGGCCAAAAGUGAGACAUCGGUGUACUAGAGAAGAGUGGAUUUAUAUUCAGGAAUAUAAUCCUUAACCUUAUUUUGAACCAAACAACAAAUGACUUCUUUAUGUCAACCAACCAAACCAUGGGAGUUAGCAUAACCUUGAACUGAUCGUUCUGAAAUAAUUCGAAGUGAAAUAAAUGCUUGAUCCAACUCGAUCAAAAAAUUACGGCUAAAACAGUUCUUUGAGAACUUUUAAAUAGAGACCGCAAACUUCCUUUCCUCCACAUCCGUUCAAUGGCAAUGGAACAAAAUAUUGCUUCUGCCCAGCAAAGCCAAUCCACUUUCUUCUCUUUUAAAAACAUAAAACUUGGAUUCCAUUUUCUAAUCUCCUAUGCACCUUACCUCAUUAUCAUUCCAGCCCUUUUAACCUUGGGAGACUUGAAGAACCGUAUUAUUCCCAUGCCGAAAUCUUGGCCAAUUAUUGUUAUUGUUUUCUUGGCCACACUCUACUUCAGGGGUCGUCCAGGAAAUGUUUACUUGGUUGAUUUUGCAUGUUACAAGCCAGACCGGGCGGAUAUGAUGAGCAAGCAAGAACUCUUAAACAUCAUGUCAUCAACUUUCGACAAUGAGGCUGUACAUUUCCAAAAGAAAGUCUUGGAGAGAAGUGGUUAUAGUGACAAGACGUAUCUUCCAGGGAGCAUCAGAAUUCUCCCUGCAAAGUUGUUAACGUUUGAUGAGUCCAGGAUGGGAUUAGAAAAAGUGAUGUUUGGAGCCAUAGACGAUUUACUGGUGAAAACAAAAGUGAAGGCUUGUGAGAUUGGGAUAGUGAUAGUGAACAUUGGUCUGUAUAAUCCAACUCCCUCUCUAUCUGCCAUGAUAGUGAACCAUUACAAGCUUGGAGUGGAUGUGCUUACUUAUAACAUUAGUGGCAUGGGCUGCAGUGCUGGACUCAUUUCUAUAGACCUAGCAAACCGGCUUUUGCAGACACAAGUCAGUACCUAUGCGUUGGUAGUUAGCACAGAAAGCAAUGAUUCUGGCUACUAUCUUGGAAAGGAUAGAUCAAAGCUUGUAUCAAACUGUCUUUUCCGUAUGGGUGCCGCUGCUAUUCUCCUAUCCAACCAUUUCUCAGACUCCAACUGUUCCAAAUAUAAACUUAUGCACGUUGUGCGUACUCAUAAAGGAGCCGAUGACAAAGCUUUCAAAAGUAUAUACCAAGAACAAGAUGAAGAUGGAAAUAUUGGCAUAUCACUUUCAAAAGGCCUAAUGGUCGUAGCUGGAGAAACACUCAAAUCCAAUAUAACGACUCUGGGACCAUUGGUCCUUCCUGUGUCCGAGCAAAUUCUAUAUUUUGCGUACAUAAUCGCUAGAAAAAUCUUUAAAAUGAAGAAUAUCAAACCAUAUAUCCCGGACUUCAAGCUGGCGUUUGAUCAUUUCUUCAUUCAUGCCGGAGGAAGAGCAGUGUUGGAUGAGAUUAAGACGAAUCUUGAGCUGACAGAAUGGCAUAUGGAGCCCUCAAGAAUGACUCUUUACAGGUUUGGAAACACAUCGAGUAGCUCGGUGUGGUACGAAUUGGCCUAUUCUGAGGCCAAAGGAAGGAUAAAGAAAGGUGACAGAGCAUGGCAAAUAGGUUUUGGAUCAGGUUUCAAGUGCAACAGUGUUGUUUGGCAUGCCCUGAAGACUAUUAAUCCUGCUAUGGAGAAAAAUCCCUGGACUGAUGAGAUUCAGGACUUCCCCGUUAAUGUCCCCGAAAUCAUGCCUCUUUCUGUUUGAUAUUUACUUAUUAGUUUUUCCAAAGGGGUUAGCCCCUGUGAUCACUACUUAGGUUCAUUACCAGUUAUCCUAGAUUAUGUUAAUGAUCAAAACCAAAAGUAUGAGUACUAUUAUGUUGUAUAUUUUUCUCUUUCUUUAUAUCAGUCUCUGUUUCUCAUAAA